AUGUCGCAGUCACAACAUGACAUACUCGACCCGGGUCCCAUCCGGACGACACGCACCAUUCUCGGCCUCGACGUUAGUAAAGCGUUCGACAAUGUGCCGCACGCUUCUAUACUGACCAACCUCUCGCAGAUUAAUGUAGGCACUCCCACCUACAACUAUAUUGCCAACUUUCUCCACCACCGCACUGCUGAACUCCCCGUUGGAGACCUCUGCAGCGACAAAGUCACCAUGGGCACCCGGGGAACACCAGAGGGAGCUAUUUUGUCCCCGUUCCUAUUCAACAUUACUAUGCGAGGCCUUCCCACACUUCUGGACACCAUACCUCACAUCAAGCACUCAAUAUACGCCGACGAUAUCACCCUCUGGACAAACUCUGGCUCGGACGGGGAGAUACAAGAUUCACUUCAACAGGCAAUCGACACCGUCCACACUUACGUGCAGGCAUACGGUCUCGUUUGUUCGCCCACCAAAUCUGAACUGUUAGUUAUACGUGAGAGACGUGUUCGCCGACCCGUCCCCGACCCUCAAAAGCUGAUCACGCUCCACAUUGCCACCCACCCCAUACACCCUGUACAGACCAUCCACGUGUUAGGCAUGCUGAUGCAGAACAACUCGCAGAACUCGGAAGCCAUCCAACGCCUCCGGACCACAGCCCACCAAAUCAACGGCCUAAUCCGCCGCAUCACCACUCGCCGCAGGGGAAUGCGCGAUACCAACCUCUGCCGCCUCACACAAACCUACCUCAUUAGUAAGAUUGUCUACACAUACACUUAUUACCCCCUCUGCCGAAAAGACGAAGAGGCGGUAAAUAGCAUCAUCCGCUCAGCGUACAAGGCGGCAAUGGACUUCCCCCGUCCGCCAUCACACAGCGUUUCCUCCAGCUUGGAGUAUACAACACCCUCACAGAGCUGA